GGCGCCAUUUGUCUCCGCGGUUCGUUGUGGGGUGCACCUGAGGUGCUCAGAGCUGGGUGAGCGUGGCUCCUCAGGCUUUUCGUUGGGACCGAGUAGGGAAGGGAUGGGAGUGCCCUCCGUCCCUUUGAUCUGGCCGUGACUCACUAGACGGGCGCGCGUCCUGGUCUUCCGCGGGGCCGCUGCUUCUCGGGGCCCCCGGCACCCGCCGAAGGCGGCGCCCGGAACUGGGGCGCUUUUUCUCGGGGCGGUAGCCAGCCGAGGCCACCCGGCCUUGGCAGGCGGAGGGAAGGGUCAGCAGGCUGCCUGGGCACUCGCCUCUGCGAGCCUGGCUGGAACGCAGGGCCCCAUCAUGGCGGCGCCGACCCAGCAGCCACAGGUAUCUGUGACCUUCGAUGAUGUAGCUGUGACUUUUACCCAGGAGGAGUGGGCACAGCUGGACCCAGCUCAAAGGACCCUAUACCAAGAGGUGAUGCUGGAAAACUUGAGGCUCCUGGUGUCUCUGGGCGAAGGAUACAGAUUAGAAGGGGGCCUGGAGGUGUUCCAACCGCGAAGUUUCCAUGUCUUCAGCAGCUCCUUACCUCCCAGGAUCGAUGUGUGGCCGUCUGUGCCCGAAGAUUCAUCAACCAGCGAAAUUCAGCAGAGCCUCGGUGACAGAGGGAAACCCAAGACCAGAGAACCUAGCCCUUGGGAGCCAGCCGUCUCUGAGGGAGCCUCCCUCCGGGAACCAACACAAGGAGGCCUAGGGGACCCCCAGUCGGGACAAACCAAGGAUCAGGAUGGGCCAUCGGUAGUGCAGGAAGGGCCCUUUGGACGAGGGAUAGCCUCCCAGAGGGGGAAGCUUCCUGGGAAAGUGAGUCCUGAACAUGGCCGCUCAGGGACAGCUGAUGGUGUGAGUUCACGGGGUGUGCAGGAGCCCUUCCCUCCAGGAGGAGCUGUCCGUGACCGUGACUCAGGUGGAUCAGGUAAAGAUGCCAUGAUCCAGGAAGAGGAAAAUAUCUUUAAGUGCAACGAAUGCGGGAAAGUGUUUAACAAGAAACACCUUCUUGCUGGGCAUGAAAAGAUUCACUCUGGGGUGAAGCCAUAUGAAUGCCCGGAGUGUGGGAAAACGUUUAUUAAAAGCACAUACCUGCUCCAGCACCACAUGAUCCACACUGGGGAGAGGCCCUACGAGUGCAUGGAGUGUGGCAAGGCCUUCAGCCGCAAGUCCUACCUCACGCAGCACCAGCGGAUCCACAGUGGAGAGAAGCCGUACAGGUGCAGUGAGUGCGGAAAGGCCUUCACCCACCGCUCCAAUUUUGUCUUACAUAAGAGGAGACACACCGGGGAGAAAUCCUUCGUGUGCAAAGAAUGUGGGCAGGUCUUCCGACAUAGGCCCGGAUUCCUUCGACAUCACAUCGUCCACAGCGGCGAGAAUCCGUACGAGUGCUUUGAGUGUGGCAAGGUCUUCAAACACAAGUCGUACCUCGUGUGGCACCAGCAGACACACACCGGGGAGAAGCCCUAUGAGUGCAGCGAGUGCGGCAAGGCCUUCUGUGAGAGCGCCGCCCUCAUUCACCACUACGUCAUCCACACCGGGGAGAAGCCCUUCGAGUGCCUCGAGUGCGGGAAGGCCUUCAACCACAGGUCCUACCUCAAGAGGCACCAGCGGAUUCACACCGGGGAGAAGCCCUAUGUGUGCAGUGAAUGCGGUAAGGCCUUCACCCACUGCUCCACUUUUAUCUUCCAUAAAAGGGCCCACGCUGGGGAGAGACCUUUUGAGUGUAAAGAAUGUGGAAAGGCCUUUCGCAAUCGGGCAGAUCUCAUUCGGCACUUCAGCAUCCACACUGGGGAGAAGCCCCAUGAGUGCACGGAGUGCGGGAAGGCCUUUAACCGCAGGUCGUACCUCAAGAGGCACCAGCGGAUUCACACCGGGGAGAAGCCUUUUGUGUGCACCGAGUGUGGAAGGACCUUCACCCACUGCUCCACCUUCAUCUUUCAUAAAAGGGCCCACACUGGCGAGAAGCCCUUUGAGUGCAAAGAAUGUGGAAAAGCCUUUAGCACUCGGAAAGAUCUCAUUCGGCACUUCAGUGUCCACACUGGGGAGAAGCCCCAUGAGUGCACGGAGUGCGGGAAGGCCUUUAACCGCAGGUCGGGCCUGACAAUGCAUCAGCGGAUUCACAGUGGCGAGAAGCCCUAUGAAUGCAUGGAGUGUGGGAAAUCCUUCUGCUGGAGCACCAGCCUCAUUCGACACGCCAUCAUCCACACGGGAGAGAAGCCUUACAAGUGCAGUGAGUGUGGAAAGGCCUUCAGUCGCAGCUCCUCCCUCACUCAGCAUCAAAGGGUUCAUACUGGGCGAAACCCUGUCAGCGUGACAGAUGUGGGAAGACCCUUCCCAGGUGACCAAACCUCAGCCACCCUCCGAGAACUCCUGCUGGGAAAAGACUUUCUGAAUGUAAACCCCGAGGAGACUCUUUUGCAGGAGAAAACAUCUACCACAACGUCUGAUCAUACAUACCAAAGAGAAACCCCACAGGUAUCUUCACGAUGAGAGAACCUGUCACAGGUCGUCCAUCAGUCAUGUGAAGACGCAUUUGAGAGAUUGGCGCAGCGUCAAGCCUUAUUCUGCAUCUCAGAAUUCAUCGGUGAGGGAGAGACUGUUUGUGUAGCUACUGUUUUUCUCCUUAGUUUACACUGCAGUGUUAUCUCAGGAAUUUUUAUAAAGAGAAGGUAGAGACUUAGAAAAUGUAUUGCAAAUACAGUUUUUCUGAGACUCCUCUGUCAAGCUUU